AUGGCCGAGCAAUCGACCCUUCGCCAGUCGGCCGCAGAGGAGGCAAUCGCCGCCUUUAUCGAAAAGUACUCGACUCUCAUCCGCACCCGUCUUCAAAACACAUCUCGCACAACCCGGCAGCUCGGUGUUCUUGCUCUUGCCGCCUCUAUUGUCCUCAGCGCCGCUGGCGGGAGGAGAUGGUGGAGGCGGCGGCGUGAGGAGCGCGAGCAGGGCCGUAAACUCGUCCGCACGAAUUCGUGGCUGCACAACAAGGACGGCUCUCGGACGAUAUACGUUCCUUACAAGGACGGCACCUCCAAAGUUGUCAUCCAGACCACCAAGCCCUUGACCUUUGAGGCGCAUCGCAGGUUGUUCCUGAACCCGCCGCGUGUCUCUGGCCUGGGCGAUGGUACUGUCCCGUCGGCGCAGACCAAGCCUGGUUUGAACCUGGCCUUCCUCCACCAAUUCCUGAGUCUAAUGAGUAUCAUGAUUCCGAGAUGGUCAAGUAAAGAGGCCGGUUUACUCGUGAGUCAUGGUGUGUUCCUGAUGCUCCGGACAUACUUGUCGCUUGUUGUCGCCCGCCUUGAUGGUGAGAUCGUUAGAGAUCUUGUCGCGGGACACGGCAAGAAGUUCCUUUGGGGACUGGCCAAGUGGUGCGGUCUCGGCGGUUUUGCCUCUUACACGAAUGCGAUGAUCAAGUUCCUCGAAUCCAAGGUGUCCAUCGCCUUCCGAACCAGGCUUACUCGGUAUAUCCACGAUUUGUACUUGAACGACAGUCUCAACUACUACAAACUGUCCAACUUGGAUGGUGGUGUUGGCCAGGGCGCGGACCAGUUCAUCACACAAGAUCUGACGCUCUUCUGCGCCGCUGCGGCGAACCUGUACUCGUCGCUCGGCAAACCGUUUGUCGAUUUGAUGGUGUUCAACUAUCAACUCUUCCGGUCCCUAGGACCAUUAGCCCUGACGGGUCUGCUGAGCAACUAUUUCUUGACGGCAAGCAUUCUGCGUCGUCUAUCGCCUCCCUUUGGCAAGCUCAAAGCCGUUGAGGGUCGCAAAGAAGGAGACUUCAGGAGUCUCCAUGCGCGCCUUAUUGCCAACGCCGAGGAGGUUGCCUUCUACGGUGGUGCUGACAUGGAGAAGACGUUCCUGAACAAGGAGUUCAAGUCUCUCAAGACCUGGAUGGAGGGCAUUUACAUGCUCAAGAUCCGCUACAACAUGCUCGAAGACUUUAUUCUCAAGUACAGUUGGAGUGCGUAUGGCUACCUGCUGUCAUCACUUCCAGUUUUCUUGCCCGCCUGGGGUGGUCUUGGUGGUGCCGCAGAGUUGGCUGAAACAGCUGCCAAGGGCAGCAGAGAGCGUGGCCGUAUGAAGGAGUUCAUCACCAACAAGCGUCUUAUGCUUUCACUGGCCGAUGCCGGUGGAAGAAUGAUGUACUCCAUCAAGGACCUUUCAGAACUUGCUGGCUACACCAGCAGAGUAUACACUCUCAUCUCCACCCUCCACCGAGUCCAUGCCAAUGCGUACUACCUACGCGGGCAACAGAACGAGCUGUACUCCCUUUCUGACGUUCAAGGUACGAUUCAGAAGGGAUUCGACGGUGUUCGUUUGGAGGGUGUCCCUGUUGUUGCCCCAGCCUUGUGGCCCAACGGCGGCGAGGAAUUAAUGGAGUCGCUGUCCAUGGUGGUGAGAAGAGGAGAGCAUCUUUUGAUCUCCGGCUCCAACGGUGUUGGCAAGACGGCCAUUGCCCGUGUUCUCGCCGGACUUUGGCCCGUCUACCGCGGAUUGGUCAGUCGGCCCAAGGAUAUUGGCCAAGACGGCAUCAUGUUCUUGCCACAAAGGCCAUAUCUUAGCAUCGGUACCCUCCGUGACCAAGUCAUCUACCCUGACGGCCACCAUGAUAUGCGUGAGAAGCGAAAGUCUGAGGACGACUUGAAGCGCAUCCUGGAGGAAGCUCGCCUGGGAUACCUCCCUGACCGCGAGGGCGGCUGGGAUACUCGCAAGGAGUGGAAGGAUGUGCUAAGUGGUGGCGAGAAGCAGAGAAUGGGUUUUGCUCGCAUGCUUUACCAUGAACCUCAGUACGCCAUCGUUGAUGAGGGCACCAGCGCCGUGUCGCAGGAUGUUGAAGGAUACCUCUACGAGAUGUGCAAGGAGAAGGGCAUCACACUCAUUACCAUUUCUACGCGUGCCUCCCUCAAGAAGUACCACACUUACAACCUCAUCCUCGGCAUGGGUGAGCGUGGUGAUGAGUGGGAAUUUGAGAGGAUCGGAACGGAGAGGGAGAAGAUGCAAGUCGAGAAGGAGCUUCAAGAUCUCCGCGAGCGCCUCGAGCAGGUGGAGACGUGGAAAGCAAGGCGUCAAGAGAUUGAGGAGGAGCUGUCGCGCGUCUGGGUUGCUGGCGGCGAUGCCUUGGAUCCCCCAUCAUAUGCCGAGAGCGAGAGCGACAGCAUGAAGAGUAAGGGUAAGGACGUGGCCCAGGAAGGUGACGCGUGA